AUGCUGUUUGCGCAGCUGGGGCCCUGUGGCGUUCUGUGUUGCCAUGUUGAGCUUCUCUGGUGUUUUUCUUCGCAGAGCGGGCGGCUGACGUGUUUCCGCGCAGACUGUCAGAGCCGGGAUCAGAGCUCCUGCCCCAUCUCUGACCUCCGCAGGGGUCGACUACACCUGCAGCUGGAACAUGGCAACACGCUCCAUGUUGUUGUGUUUUUGUUCAUGCACGAGGUGUCCUGUGGGAACACUGACCUGCGAACACACGGAGGCGUUUGCGUCGCGGCGGUGGACCCAGACCGGACGUUCCACUGCACUCGUCUUCAUCAUCACAGUCUCCGCUGCCGAAGGCCUCGCCCUCCUCCCCCGCCUCCCCCUUGGAGCGAGCUCUCCAGCGCUUCUCCGACAGGCUCACCAUCCGCAGCAGCUGUGAAAGGGAAACAAGACUUCCUUGAUAACGGAGGAAAUGAACUCCCCUCUGUCCUGAUCCCCACAUGUGCCGCGUAUCACGUUCACUACAGAGGAGGAAACCGAGGAGACAGACGACAGACGACGAGACCACGACGAGGCCGCGACAAGUGUGAGGCCCUCAUGCAGACAGACCACUGCGCACCUGCUGAAAUACAAACAGCUCUGUGGAUUGGGUGA